UUUCUGACCUUUUGUCUCAACAUUUCUUUAAAAUUGAGAAAUUAUAACAGCAUUACAGUUGCUAAGAGUUGAUAAUUGUUCGUUUGGCGUAGUCGAAGCGUCCACUUACUUACGCUUUUCCUCAGUGACCACUAGGUGGCGAAAAUGUCAAAAAUGAAAUCACCACAGAGCCUUUACAAUAGAAUAAAAGACCUUAAUAGGCAAAUAUAUUUCAUAUUUUAUGUAUUUAUUUAAUUACAUACGUGAAAUGUGAACCAGCUCGGCCACUUGAACUGCCAAUAACGUUUUCGGAGGAGAGUCAGUGAGAAUGCUGCAGCCACAGGUGGCAGGCCCUGUUCUUCCACCGUAGCCUCCACCCACAGCCAAAAGUCAAGUCAUGCUCUGACAGGGACAACAACGUGAGAGGACGUCAAGCUCGAUCAAUUAUUUCAACUUUUCAUUCGUCACCCGAACUAUUUGGCUGCUGUUUUGUUUUUUUGCCUCUUAUGGCAUCAUCCAAAGAAAACAACCAGCAGGACGCACAGGAAUGUCCUGUGUGUUAUGACAGUCUGUCCGCCAGUGAGAGGACAUUGAGCUGCGGACAUGUCUUCUGCCACGACUGCCUGGUCAAGACCUUGGUCAGCAUCAACGCGGACGGAAACAUCAGGGACACCAUAGCCUGUCCCGUCUGCCGUCAUCUCACCUUCAUCAAGAAACAGAAGGAUGCGCCGCCGUCCUCCUCGGCAGCCACGGACCCUCGUGCGGUCCAGACUCUGGAGGUCCCCAUCCCUCUGCCCGUGGAUCAGCCCCAGGGCGCACGACGCACUUCCACUGACAGAGAGGUGAAGUGGAUCGCGCGCUGUUUUGGGGGAAUUAGUGAGCGUUUGCGCCGACAGAGGCUGAUCUGCCCGGGUCAGAAUGCCUCCCAGAUCUUCAUCAUCAGCACCGAGGGCAGACCGAUGUCUGAAAACGACGCGCUCAGUGUCGCGCUGGCUGUGGUUCAACCCCAGAGACGACGAAGACGCAGAAUUUGCACAACAGCGCGGUGUCUGAUGGCCCUGCUCUGCGCCUUCACUCUUCUGGCGCUGGUAGCUGCGACUUUGCCCUGGAUUUUGUUGGCAUAAUCCAGGAAUGUUUCUGGGUUAUGACGUGCCAAUCUGAUUCUCGAUUAAUUGUCCUGCUGAUCCCUGUUCUGUGCACAUCGUUGUGCACGUUUUCAGUGGAAACGUACCGUUUUUAUAUAUGUGGGAGUCCAUAUAGGCACAGUGGGCCAAAAGGUUGGCUGCUCAUCGGUCUGUUCCAUGUGGGCGUCAUGCCAGUUACCGAUAUUUUUACAGAAAACA